UUUCGUGCUGUAGCCUCGUUGCACCUCCAUUCCGCAUUCAGCAUAGCUGCUGCUACCUCCUUGAGUUAUAAACCCCUACCCUCACGGAUACCUCGUGUCCCUCCCUUUGACUUUGCGCCACCUUUUCCUCUGUCAAAAAUCAACCCAACGAUAGUUAACUGUUUACUUGCGGUGUCAUGGACGACCGUUUCAGUCCUACGGAGGGAAAUGAAGUUUUUGCCCCCAUUCUGAUGCGCUCCCAGACACCCCCUCCGGACGAGAAAGUGAGCCAGUACUUGAGGACUAUGGCGGGAACCAGUCGCGUCUCGAAGCCGGUGUCCAACUAUGGAAGCGAAUUCGAACAUAUCUCUGGUGGCGAUGAUGGUCCUUGGGAUGAAGGUCCUGCAGAUAUACUAAAUGGCCCCCCAAUCGCCAUCCCUCCCGACGCCCAGCAAACACAUACUCUCAAUCAAGAGCUUUUUGGGGGAUCGUCGGAUGUAGACUACGUUCCAGCUGCCUCCCCUCAAGUUCGACAACCAGAUGAGAUUCAAUCCGUCGACCAAGAGCAUUCGCAGCAAUGGCAAACUCCUGCCGAGCAUGCCCACCAGAUCACUGCUUCAACGCCCAAGUCGUUCUUGAGGGAGAGAGUCGUCGAGCCAUCGGAUCCAUGGGCAGGUGUAAACCCCAUUUCUCCACCCAAAUCAUUCCGAGGUGGGAAAGUGAUCGAUUCUUUUGAGUCUUGGGGAAACAUGGGACCGCUUCCCGGUGUAAAUGGACUGCCACGGCUUGGCCCUUCCCAACUCGGAGAUACUCCAUCGAAAGCAGCAGCAGUCCCUCUCCCUCCCCAUGGUCUUACUCCAUCUACGCCUUAUAUCCAGAUACAAGCUGCUACCGACUCACGUACAAUGACUCCUCUACCAGCUCCUUCUGACAGCGGUGCUAAGAGCCAGAAAAGUAGAAGCCGGAAAACCCCCAGUCAUAAGUCAUCUGUUCUUAACGGAGGACAAAUGGAGGGGCAGGAUGAGGAUAGAGGUGACCCGACUGAACAAGCCUCUAGCGAGGCUGACACAGAAAUGCCGGCUCCCACUGUGCGCACCCUGGCCGAUAAUCCAUCUGCUUCCAAACCCCAGUCCGCUGCCGAGCGUUCACGUUCGAGAGCUCCGUCCCGUGCCGGGAGACCCAUGUCCCCAUUGUCUGAAACUAGGGCAACACCCACGCCAUCCAAAGUCCCUCUGCCUUCAUCGCCUGUCGGUGGCCAGCCCUCAUUUAUCCCUAUUUCAGUGGUCGGAUCUCCGGAAAAGGGAGCCACGAAAGCGCCAUCCCUUGUGUCUGGGCGUGCGAAAUCACCGCAACCGCAGUCUAAUGUUGGUUCGCCUAAAUCUCCGCUGCAACGUCUUUCGAAGAAGAUUGAGAGCGUGAGGGCCUCGUCACCACCACCAAAAUCCCCAUUGUCCACUCGCUUACAUCCGCUGACGGAUAUUCUUCGGCAAGAGAAUGCUCUCGCGACUGGUACUCGACCUACUUCUCCUCAGAAUCGGCCACCCAAGACAGUCCGUAGCCCACGAACGACAGUAACGGAAGAUCUUCCUCCAAUCACGAUGCAACUGAACCCAACGCCAAGUGGCGGUGUCGGCUUCACACCAAUUCUCCCAACGGCAUUAUUUAAAGGGAAGGAUGUCCGAGCCCCGUCUCGGCAAUCUCGUACCGAACGAGCAGACGAUGAGGACGAAAUACAAGCGACUCCGCUUGGCCGUGUAAACGAGAUCACAGAGAUCGACCUUACGAGGACACCCCGGAGCGCAUACACAGCUCUCACUUCAUCAGCACUUGCUGGAGAAGUUAAUGCAUCACAUUUCCACGAUGAGGAGUUAUGCAUUCUUUUACAUGCUGCCGAUAAUGAGGGUACACACGAAGUUGUGAGAAAGGUCCUGCGAAAAGGCGUUCGGGAACGUGUACGGAGACUCGGUUUGGAUCAUCAGCGUGAGGUGUGUGUUUUUAUAAGCCUAGAAUGCAGGAUAUUUAUGCAAUUGGGGGAUGCAUAGCUCAUGAUUGCUCGCAAGCACCACCAGCAGGGGCUUCAUCGCCAUCGGGCGAUAAAGGACACUGAUGAUGAU